AUGCGGCCGCGGCUGGUGCUCUUCGGCGACUCCAUCACCGAGUUGUCCUUCACGUCCGGCGGAUGGGGCGCUGCGCUCACCGACCGCUUCGCUCGCCAGGCUGACGUGGUGCUGCGCGGGCUCAGCGGCUACAACACGCGGUGGGCGCUCAAGGUGCUGCCGCGGGCCAUGGAGGGCGCGGCGGGCGCGGGCGCGGACCCGGCGGCCGUGACAGUCUUCUUCGGCGCCAACGACGCCUCUCUGCCGGACCAGGUGCAGGCGCACCAGCACGUGCCGCUCAAGGAGUACCAGAGCAACCUCCGCGCCAUCUGCGCCUACUUCAAGGAGCGAUGGCCCUCCACUGCUGUCAUACUCAUCACUCCCCCACCGAUUUACGAGCCAGCGAGAAUCCGGUAAACAAAUACUAGAUCCAAUUGGAAGAUACUCCUACUACAAA